GACCUAACUAAAUCACAACGAAAGUUAAUAUCUUGACGCAAAUGACUUGAUAUAUGUAAGAAGGGCCGGUAGCUAAUCUCAGUAAUGAACAUACUCACUCAAUUCUACACACCUAAAUUGUGAUAGCCGACUGCGAAGUUCCAUCUACUGAUCAGAUGGCUCUUCUUCUUCACCUUGACAGGAUAUUGGUGCCUUUAAGUAUGGUGCUUUCAAUUGGAUACCAUGUUUAUCUAGCGUAUUGCUUCAAGAACAAACCCCAUGUUACUACCCUUGGAGUUAACACAAUCAGGAGAAGAAAUUGGGCGCAGACCAUCAUCGAGGAUCAAAAUGAGAAGACGGGAAAUCUAGUUAUCCAAAGCUUAAGAAAUUCACAGAUGGGAUCCAUAUUAGGUGCAUCAGUCACAAUACUUAUGAUUUUAGCAUUGUCAGCCAUAACCAAUAAUGCAUACAAUGCUAGUGACCUGCUCAGCAACUCUUACUUUGGAUCACAAUCCAUCAGAACCGUACUUCUCAAGUAUUGUUUCGAAUACAGUUUCCUGGUAUUUAGUUUCUUUUGCAGUUCCAUGGCCGUAAUCUGCUUUGUGCAGCUGAAUUUCCUCUUGAGUGUAGCAGAUUUUUCACCGGGUUAUGUUCAGGACAUGAUCGAGAGAGGCUGUUGGUUUGCUUUUUUAGGGAAUAGAUCAUUCUAUGUCACUGUGCCAUUAUUGUUAUGGAUUUUAGGACCGGUGCCGAUGAUGUUAUCUACGUUGGCACUAGUAUGGGUGUUAAAUCAGCUUGAUUUCGGUAUGGUUCGUUGUUCAAAUAAUUAAGGUGCCAUUGUUAUGAGGAACAAGUACUGAAUUAUGUAAUACUAACUGAAGUUCGCGCAUAUAUAAGCGUUUAAUCCUUCCUAAAUAUAAUCCUUCUCCUAAUUUGAAAUUAGAGUUACGCAUCUUCUUAUUGAUCGA